AUGCAACUGAUAUUCAUUUUUCUUUUUUUUGUUAAUUUAAUCAAUAUAUUGUAUGCGCUUGUCUGUCCUAUUUAUCGAUCAUAUCAAAGAAAUUUUAUAGAAGAAGAUUGUCAUAGAAAUUGUAAAUUUUAUGAUGUAUUAGAAAAACAACAUGCAUGUAUUGGUGUUUAUUAUAAUUAUUCAGGAAAUAUAUCUAUUAAACAAUUAGGUAUUAUACCUAGUGAUGAACAAUGUUUAAUAUCUAAACAAUGUAUACUUGAUAUUGAUCCAUUAAAUUCUCAAUCAUCAUCAUGUUGUUGUUCAACAGAUAAUUGUACACUUAAUUGGCAAAGUAUAUCAACAACAACAACAAUAACAACGACAUAUCGUUCAAUUUUAAUAAACAAUACAACAAAAAUUAAAAAUUUAAUUAUAAUAGAUCAAGAUUAUUUUUCAUGGAAAUUAUUUUUAAUAAUAUUUAUUUUAAUAAUGAUUAUUAUUUUAAUUACAUUUACAUUUGGUUUAUGGAAAUCAUUAAGAAAUAAAUAUAAUAAUAUUAAUAAUAAUAAUAAAAAUAAUAAAUCAUUAUUAUCAACUUCAAUAGAACAAUUAUUUUUUUCUCUACAAGAAAUUAAUAUAGGCAAAAAUAGUAUUGUUUAUAAAGGUCUUUUAAAUCAUGAUAUUGUUGCUGUUAAAAUUUAUAAACAAAUAAAUAUAUUAAUAUGGAAAAAUGAAGUUACACUAUUGAAAUCUAUUAAACAUGAAUCAAUUAUUAAGAUUCUAUCUGAAGGUCAAUAUAAUUCACAUUUAUAUCUUAUAUUACCCUUUUAUGAAAAUGGUACACUUCAAUCAUAUUUACUUACACCUAAUAGAAAAUUAUCUAUUAAUCAAUGUUUAAUAUUUUUUCGUUCACUUGCAUCAGCAAUAUCUUAUUUACAUAUGGGACGAAAUAAUAAUACAAAUAUGUCGAUUGUUCAUCGUGAUAUAAAAUCAUCAAAUAUACUCAUUGAUAAAAAUGAAUUAAAUUUAUACUUAACAGAUUUUGGUGUUGCUCUUGUUCUUCCUCAAAUAUUAACUGAAAAAGAUUUUGUACAAAUUGGUACUAUACGUUAUAUGGCACCUGAAUUACUUGAAGGUGUUAUUACACAUACACAUGAAGCUUUAUGUAGUGUAGAUAUAUAUGCAUUAGCAUUAGUCAUGUGGGAAAUUAUAACACAAUGUGAUGUUUAUCCAACGACAGUUUAUCGUCCACCAUAUGAAGAAUAUAGAACAAAUAAUUCUGAUGGAUCUUCUUUUGCAACUGAAAUAUAUGAUAUUGUUGUUGUUCGUCGAUUACGACCUACUCUUAUUCGACAAAUAAAAGAUAAUCAACAUGCUCUAAUUAUUCGUGAAUUAUGUUCAUUAAUUGAUGCAUGUUGGAUAACAGAUUCUGAUAUACGUAUGAAUGCACAAACACUUGCUUUCAAACUUAAUCAAUUGAUGUAA